UUCUUUCUGCUAUGCCCGAACCUACAUAUGGGGAAAUGGAACAAAGAGAACCAACAAGCGAAGUAGAUCUACGCCAACUCAUUCAAAGUUUCAAGAGCUUGCGCAUCUUGGAUCUACAUGCCGCGAAUAUCAAGAACGUGCCGAGGUCCAUUUGUGAGUUGAAGCAUCUCACGUACCUCGAUUUCUCUCACAAUAAUGCACUCAAAAGGCUUCCUAACUCCAUUACAAGAUUGCAAAAUUUGCAAACACUUAAUAUCUAUAGUUGUUUUGCCCUUGAAGAAUUGCCAAGGGGUAUAAGGAAGUUAGUCAACCUUCGAAAUCUAGACAUAAAUGAAUGUUGGAAACUUAGUUAUGUGCCACAUGGACUAGGGCAAUUAAGUUCUUUGCAUAGACUAACACGCUUCAUUUUGCCCAAAGUUAAAGCUCUUGCUAAGAAUUAUUGCCGACUUGGGGAGCUAAAUGGGCUUAAUAACAUUGGGGGAAGCCUUACUAUUGAAAAUUUGGGACACGUGGCAAAUGCAAUAGAAGAAUCCAAGGCUGCAAACUUAAUAGGGAAGCAUUCUCUAGAAUCUUUGGAACUUCGAUGGGUCUAUCUCGAUACUGAAGAUGCAGUAAUCGGGGAUAGAGAUGAAGCUCUAUUAGAUGGACUGAUGCCGCACUCAAACCUGCAGAACUUGAAGAUAAAUGGAUAUAAAGGUAAGAGCUUUCCGAGGUGGUUGAUGGAUAGCCUUGUGUUUUCCUUGCCAAAUUUAGUUGAGGUACACUUGCAGCAAUGUGGAAGAUGUAAAUAUCUCCCUCAAUUGGGCCAACUACCUCACCUCAAGUCUUUAAGUAUUUGGGGGCUGGAUGAAUUGGAAUACUUCGAGCCAGACCAUUCAUUCAUCACAACACCAUUUCCUGGUUUAUUAAGAUUACAGAUCGGUUACUGCCAAAACUUGAAAGCCAUGCCACUAACUCCACAUCUUGAGGAGUUAAUGCUGAGUAAGGUCAACCUAGAGUUGAUAAAUCAGAUAUUUGGCCUUAAUAAGUUGAAGAGUCUGGAUAUCUCAGAGAUGGAUUUUCUAGAAUGUUUGCCCGAGAAGUGUUUCCAAAGUCUUACUUCACUUGAAGAUCUUAGCAUCAGUUGUCAUCGGUCAACUUCCCUCUCACUUGGUAUGCAACAUCUAACGAACCUGUUGAAUGUCUCUUUUUGGUAUUGUGAGGAGCUUAAUUUAUCCAAAGACGAAAGCGAUAACAUCUUGGAUUUACAAGGAUUGAAGAGUCUCCGGUUUGUGGACCUAGUUGACAUUCCCAAACUAGCAUCUCUCCCACAGUGGGUUCUACAGGUUAGCAAUCUCAAGAGUCUUCGUAUUUACAGGUACUUAAAUUCGAAGGAUUUACCAGAGCAGAUCGAGGCUCUUCAAUCACUUCAAUAGCUUGAAAUCAUCCGGUGCCCCUUGUUGACGUCAUUACCUGAAGGGAUGCGAAGGAUCGCAUCCCUUAGUCACCUAAGAAUUGCAGCUUGCCCAGAUUUGGAGGAGCGGUGCAAAAAAGAUGCAGGCGAGGACUGGUAUGUGGUCCUUUUUUCUCAGAAUUUACAUGAAUAAUUUCUUUUGAAUUGUGUUUCGAUACUUGAUUCAAUUGGGAAAAACAUCACCGAAUGGUUUGGACACAUCCUUGGACGCAAGUAUUUACACGGUGAGGAAAUAUCCACGUUGUUCCUUCAUAUGGCGCCCAAUGGGAUGCCCCUAAACUAAGUGCUCGAUUUAUCCAAAAGUGUGAGGAAAACAAAGAAAACUCAUGCUCCUUCUCUACCAACUCCGAGCUCUUAAAUUUGGCUCGGGAAUCAUGCCAUAGAUAUAGUGUGAACUCUACUUAUUUGAUUUCACAAGGAGUACAAUGCAUGCAUAGUCCCAUGAUUGUGGAAGCUGACAAUGAAAACUCUCAUAGAUGAAUCGAUGUUUUUUUUUUUC